GAGAGAGAGAGAGAGAGAGAGAGAGAGAGAGAGAGAGAGAGAGAGAUGAAUAUGAAGAGUGGAAAUGGAGAUCGACAAGGUGAAGAGGAAUUGGUGGAAGAAGCAGUAGAAGAUGAGGAGGACGUGGAGCUUCCCGGGUUUCGGUUUCACCCGACGGAUGAAGAGCUUGUGGGGUUUUAUCUACGUAGAAAGGUGGAGAAGAAGCAGCUGAGUAUCGAGAUCAUAAAGGAGAUGGAUAUAUACAAGUAUGAUCCCUGGGAUCUCCAACUCAGCUCAGUGGGCGGGGAGAAAGAAUGGUACUUCUUCUGCCUGAGGGGACGGAAAUACAGGAACAGCAUCAGGCCUAACAGGGUUACUGGGUCCGGAUUUUGGAAGGCGACUGGCAUCGAUCGGCCGAUAUGUUCUUUGACCAAAUCUGGCGAGUGCAUCGGGCUCAAGAAGUCGUUAGUUUACUACCGAGGAAGCGCGGGAAAGGGCACGAAAACGGACUGGAUGAUGCAUGAGUUCCGCCUUCCACCGGCCGACAGCAAGAAUGGCGACAAUACAAACCCUUCCCUGCAAGAAGCUGAAAUUUGGACGAUAUGCCGGAUAUUCAAGCGAAACAUUACAUAUAAGAAGUACCCCCAAGAUUGGAGAGAAGCGACGAGCAAGAAGAUCCGGAGCGAUGAUGCGAGCUCAAAGUCGAAUAGCUUCGAGUCCGAGUCCGGAGACGAAUUGAUCAGGUGCUAUAAUGCAGCCCCUGUGAUUUUGCCGCAGCAACAACCUGAUGAUCAUCAGCGUAAGGUGGCCUACAACAACUUUGAAGAGAAAAACCAAUACAUGUUCCAAGGACAAUAUUGGAACACAAUAACACCCCAAACUCCAUUAAUGGCGUUUCAUGCAAAUAAUAACACAUACAUUAAUCCUCCCAUGAAUGAGUUUGUGAAGGACAAUUGUUGGGAUGAGCUUGGGAGAAUAAUGGAGGUUGUGACAGAUCCAAGUGCAAUUUGUGGAUGGAGAUAUACUUAAAUGAGCUUAUUGUGUCUCCUCUUAUUUCCAAUUUCAUAUGUAAUUAACUUAUGAGCUCAAUGAGGGGGUAUACAAAUUAAAGCUUUCACACUGCUAGCUACGUACACACAUUAAU